GCUAAAUAUCUGCUGUGACAAGAGGCUUGGCUCAGUGUGAGCGAACCACCCUGGGGGCCUGACAGACUCUGAGAUGACAGUAGGCAGCAUGGAGAAUGUGGAGGUCUUUACUUCCGAGGGCAAAGGCAGAGGACUGAAGGCCACGAAGGAGUUCUGGGCUGCGGAUGUCAUCUUUGCUGAGAGGGCUUAUUCGGCAGUGGUUUUUGACAGCCUCAUUAACUUCGUGUGCCACACCUGCUUCAAGAGGCAGGAGAGGCUCCAUCGCUGCGGGCAAUGCAAGUUCGCCCAUUACUGCGACCGCACAUGCCAGAAGGAUGCCUGGCUGAACCACAAGAACGAGUGCUCUGCCAUCAAGAGAUACGGGAAGGUGCCCAACGAAAAUAUCAGGCUGGCAGCCCGCAUCAUGUGGCGGGUGGAGAGAGAGGGCACUGGACUCACAGAGGGCUGCCUGGUGUCAGUGGAUGACUUACAGAACCAUGUGGAGCACUUUGGGGAGGAGGAGCAGAAGGAACUACGAGUAGACGUGGAUACAUUCUUGCAGUACUGGCCACCACAGAGCCAGCAGUUCAGCAUGCAGUACAUCUCACACAUCUUUGGCGUGAUCAACUGCAAUGGUUUCACACUCAGUGACCAGAGAGGGCUACAGGCAGUGGGCGUGGGCAUCUUCCCCAACCUGGGCCUGGUGAACCAUGACUGCUGGCCAAACUGCACUGUCAUAUUCAACAAUGGCAAGAUUGAGCUCCGGGCCCUGGGCAAGAUCUCAGAAGGUGAGGAGCUGACGGUGUCCUACAUAGACUUCCUCCACCUCAGCGAGGAGCGCAGGCAGCAGCUGAAGAAGCAGUACUACUUUGACUGCUCCUGUGAACACUGCCAGAAGGGGCUGAAGGACGACCUCUUCCUGGCAGUGAAGGAAGACCCCAAGCCCUCCCAGGAGGUGGUGAAGGAGAUGACACAAUUCUCAAAGGAUACACUGGAAAAAAUAGACAAGGCUCGCUCUGAGGGUUUGUAUCACGAGGUUGUGAAGCUGUGUCGGGAGUGCCUGGAGAAGCAGGAACCAGUGUUUGCUGACACCAACCUCUACGUGCUUCGGUUGCUAAGCAUUGUGUCAGAAGUCCUCUCCUACCUCCAGGCCUUUGAAGAGGCCUCCCAUUAUGCCAGGAGGAUGGUGGAUGGCUACAUGAAACUCUACCACCAUAACAAUGCCCAACUGGGCAUGGCUGUGAUGCGGGCAGGGCUGACCAACUGGCAUGCUGGUCACAUUGAAGUAGGGCACGGGAUGAUCUGCAAAGCCUAUGCUAUUCUCCUGGUGACCCAUGGACCCUCCCACCCUAUCACCAAAGACUUAGAGGCCAUGCGGAUGCAGACAGAGAUGGAGCUGCGUAUGUUCCGCCAAAAUGAAUUCAUGUACCACAAAAUGCGAGAGGCUGCCCUGAACAACCAGCCCAUGCAGGUCAUGGCUGAGCCCAGCAACGAGCCAGCCCCAGCUCUGUUCCAUAAGAAGCAAUGAGGACCUUGUUGGAGGGUGGGGGCAUUGUGGCUGCGGAGCUGAGGAAAUUACUACUCUGUGUCCCCCACCGCCAUUUUGGUUCAAUUCAACUCAGCUUAGUUCUCUCUCAUUUCAGACCAACUCUUUCUCUAUGUGUCGGGUGCUAGAUUCCACCGUCUAUUUAACAAGGAAGCCCCAAAUAUACUUCGGCUAGAAAGAAAAAUGUAAACAAACAAGGUACAGCAUAAUAGUAAAUGCCACGGUGCACUCUAUGGAGAGGGGUUCAGAGGAGGUGAGUGUGUGUGAGUGAGUGAGUGUGUGUGAGUGAGUGUGUGUGUGUGUGUGUGUGUGUGUGUGUGUGUGUGUGUAAAACACCUGAGCUAAGAGUGGCAGGUACCUAGAAUCUCAGGUGGCUGCUUGUUUCUUUGUGCAGGGGUCUCUGGGGCUGCUGGUUUCAUCUACAGUUACGAACAUUUAGGGUUCUGCAGACUGGGAUGGGUGAUGAUGACCUGUAUCCUGAGGCUGGGACUGUUCUUGGCCCUUUGAGAUCUACUCAAUGGUGCCUAGAAAGAGGUAGGGAUCUUGGGAUCCUGUGGUCUUAAUUUCCUAAUCCAAGUUGAAGCAUACUUUUAGAAUAACUCUAGAACACACAGAGAAGGAAUUUUUCCCUUCCUGGUCCUACCCACCAAGUCUGUAUCUCCUUGUGAUGUUGAAGGAAAGCUGAGGUUUUCCUGGCCAUUGACUUGUAGGAGUAGGGAAGGCUUUUCAGGGUAAAGCUGACGGUGUGUGUGCCUGGCAAUGACGGACCCUCAGAAGCAGUGUGUAGGGGUUUUGAUACUCAGCAGUCUGCCUCAGCCUAGGCUUCAUCAUUGGCCUGAUGAGGCUCUACCCAUCAUAUCGAGUGAAUGACAGUUCCUCUGCUUGAUGCCUUUAUCCUGUCUGUGCUCUGGGGGCUUCUGCCCUUAGGAGAAGGCAGUCCACACGACCUAGGAACUCAUCAUAAGUGUGACCAGUUUGUUCUCCUUUGCUUAGAGGCUGACUUCUGACUGAGAGAUGAAGGUCCCAGAAUGGCCUUUUAGUUUCUGGAAUUCCAACUUUCUCACCAACAUGGAGGGAGACCAUGAAGUAAAUUCCUUUAGUAGAAGGAAAACUUCUACGAAGCCUUGUGCUAUCACUGACCCCAGACCUCUAACACCUUGAAGUCCUAUGGUUCCCACUAAACUGCAAUCUGUCUAAAGUGUUAGUUCCUCUGUCCCCAACCUGUCAUCCCAGAAUAGUACCCUGCCUGCCCUUGAGCCCUGCCCUGCGGCUGAGGCCUGGGAUGUGAGCACCUCUUUGUGGAAUAUUAGCACUGACCCUUGGUUCUUUUUGAGGGUUAGUUCUUCUCUAGAAACUUCUAUGAAGACUGACAGUUGUUUCAGGCUUAGAGACAACACCAACAAUCCCCUUAAGAAUCGUGCCAGUGACUCUGAGUCACCAUUCUUCUUCCCACAGAGACCCUGCUCCAGACCCGGUCAUUUUUUGUCAUAGUUGUCUGCCCACCUUGUCCAUUAUUGCUUCUCAUCUUCCUACAACCUGUUUCUUCAGAAUGGAUCACUGUGUGUUCCUCCACCUUUCUCAGAACCGUAGACUGGGGUCCCCUUCUCAGAGCUAUCCUGUCGGCUGUGGUCCCCCUCUCUCACUAGCCACCCUCUGUUCCUGCUCUGGGCCUCUUGCUUUCCAGUGCCUUCCAGACCUUACUCCAUUAUCACCCUUUCCAUCCAAGGCCUUGCCAUCCUCCCCCGACUAGGCUUCUUAUCUUUUUCUUUCUUUCUCCCUCCCCUCUUAGUUUUUUAAGACAGGGUCUCUCUACUUCGCCCUGGAUGUCCUGGAACUCACUCUAUAGACUGGGUUGGUCUCGAACUCACAGAGGUCUGCCUGCCUCUGCCAUGAGAGUCCUGGGAGUAUAGCCACUCACUACCACUGCCUGGCACCACUGGCCUUCUUUAAUGACGCCAAUUAGCAUGCCAAGGACCCUUGGAUCGCCACCUUCACAGCUGGAGUUCUCUUCAGACUUUUCAAUCUGUCUCCCCUCUCUUCCCAUUUCUUCCCUAACCCACUGCACACCGCCUUCCAUGUUUGCCUCUCCAUUGAAACGACUCCUUUCUAGUUCCGUACGCUAGCCAGCUUCCCUGUGUAAUACAGCCCAAGCUUGGUUUCUGUGACUCGGUUUCUUUGUGAUGAGCCUCUGAUGUGGUCUCUCUGGCUUUCACUGGUCUUGUUUCUCCACCUGACCCUGAUACGCUGAAAUGUCCCUGAGUUGACUUUGUCCUUGGUUAAUUCUAUUCUUGUUCUGCACACUCCUAGCGUGAAUUUAGGUGACAUUUUAUGUAACGACUACAUUGAGGCUUCUGGUUCUCAGGUUUGUUAUCUGAUCUUACAUCUUGAGCUCCAGCCCCUCACAUCUUCCCGGGCGCUCUGCAGGUGCAUCAAAGUCAGUAUGCUCCAUGAGACCCCAGUAUGAGGUCUCCUAACACUUUGUCAUUCUCAGAACAGCACCCAAGAUACCACACCCUCCAUCAUGUUGUGGGCUCCUGAGAGCAGGGCCACAUUCCUUCAUUCAUCUUCCUGUCUCUAGAAUAGAUCCUGGAACACAGUAGGUGCUCAAUUAGUGUAAAUUGAGUGAAUAAAUGAAGGACAUGUUUAUCUCAAAGUUAAGAGAUGCACAACUGUAUAUUUGAGUAUCUUAUGUUAUAGCACUCAGCAAAGUCCAGCAAACCAUCUCUGGAUAUGGGACUUUCUUUCUGAUAGUCUUUCCAGAGAAGCUUGAUGCUAUGGAAUUUCCUGUGGUGAUAGGGAGGGCUUUCAUCUGCGAGGUCCAGUUUAGUAGUCAUCAACAGCAUGUGACGACUGAGACUAGAAACAGCUUAAGGACAUGAAAAUGUUAUUUUAUUUAGUUUCAAUUCAUUUAAGUCUAACUAGGCAAGAUGGCCAGUGGCUGCUAAAUUAAACUAUAAUUUAAUUAAUUGUUUUAAAGAGCAGUUUCUUCAUAGCUAUCCUGAUACCACACUGUUACCUUCUUCCUGCCUCAGUUUCCUCAACUCUCCCUCUGCCUAAGUUGGCAGCUGAGUUUUUACACUUGAUCUUAGCCAAAAGGCCGAGAAGCGAUUGCAGCUGAGUUUUUAAAAGGCUUAUCUUAUACAGACUGUAGGAUAACACCAGACCCCAGCAGCGUUUAAAGAGAACUCGUUAGUGUUACACUGGUUGAGACCACAUUUCUCCUGGGGUUUCCAUUUUUCUCAUUAGAAAGGUAAGGGGUGAGUUGUGGUGGGUUGCGAUGGACUGAAACUGACUUUAUCUGCUUUGUGGGCCAACUGUGCACAGGUCUGCCCAGCAUCCUGCUCACUGAUUGGUAACUUGCAGUUGGCCCUAAUAGGACUGUGAAGACCAUACUCAGUGUCUUACGCUUAGAACACGUAUAUAAACUUACAAAAAGGGAGCAACAGAGUGGAUCCUUAGAAUGUUAAAGGAGUCUUGGCUUAACUGGAGACUGUACUUGCAAACCUUUAUCCCCGAGAGCCACAGUAAACAUGCUUAAGAGUCCUACACACCGGGGUUGGGGAUUUAGCUCAGCAGUAGAGCACUUGCCUAGCAAGCGCAAGGCCCUGGGUUUGGUCCCCAACUCCGAAAAAAAGAAAAAAGAAAAAAAGAAAAAAAAAAAGAGUCCUACACACCAACCGCACCAUGAAGGCAUCUGCAUCUUCACUAAAAUGGGGUGGCUCUGGUUCCACUAAUCAGACAUAGUUGUUCCCUGGUGACUCUCUUAGGGACUGCCUCUCUAAAGAUCUGAGGAAGAAAACUAUGGCUAGAACUCCACCAUGGCCAGAAGGAUUUUCCUACAAAGCACUUUAUCUGCAGAGUGUAAACCUGUCAUUAAGCACCUGCUGUCUGCUGGGUCAAGUUCAAACUCCUUUCCAAAGUCAAAAGAUUCUCUGCAGAUAACUUGGCUCUGUCUCGGUCUCCUCUCUUGUAUGCCCUUUCACCUUACCUGCUCACAAAAUAAAUACCCUUGGAUGCUC